GCGCGGCGCUUCCCGGAUCCCGGAAUGCCGGGAUGCCGCGGUGCCGGUCCCGCCCCGGGGGCGGCGGAAGAUGGCGGCGGUGCGGCUGUGCCGGUGCCGCUGCCGGGCUCUGCUCUCCCGUGUCCCCGGGGCCCCGCGGGCGCUCCGCGGUCUGGCCGCGGGGCCGGAGGUGCACUUCGGCUUCCAGAGCGUCACGGAGGAGGACAGGAGGGAGAAGAGUUGUUUUUUUCACCUCCGCGUGGUGACAGACCUCAACGAGGCAAUACAACACAGAGGUUACUUCGACAUGAGCGUUUUGAAGUAAAUUGUGUCUCAUUCUCAUGUCCUUACUUUUUUUGCAGUUUACCAGUUUACCAGGUAUUUGAAAGCGUGGCCAAGAAAUAUGAUGUGAUGAAUGAUUCCAUGACUCUAGGAAUUCAUCGUGUGUGGAAGGAUAUCCUGGUACAUAAAAUGAACCCUUCCCCAGGAACACUUCUUCUUGAUGUCGCUGGAGGAACAGGUGACAUUGCCUUUCGAUUCAUUAAUUAUGUUCGCGCUGUACGAGAACGGCAGCUCCAGAGGAAGCUCAAGCACCAUCAGAAUUUGUCAUGGCAGGAAAUUUUUGAGAAUUACCAGGAAGACAAAUCUGACUCUCUAGGGGAUUCCCAGGUGGUGGUCUGUGACAUUAACAGAGAAAUGUUAAAAGUUGGGAAGCAGAAAGCACAGCACCUUGGCUACUCUAAAGGCUUGUCCUGGGUACUUGGGAAUGCUGAAGAGUUGCCCUUUGAUGAUGAUAUGUUUGAUGUUUACACAAUUGCCUUUGGAAUCCGAAAUGUGACUCGUAUUGAUUUGGCUCUUGAAGAGGCCUAUCGUGUGCUGAAACCAGGAGGAAGAUUUCUCUGCCUUGAAUUUAGUCAUGUCAGCAACCCUCUUCUUUCCAGGCUCUAUGAUCUCUACAGUUUCCAGGUUAUCCCUGUUCUGGGUGAGGUCAUUGCUGGUGACUGGAAGUCUUACCAGUAUCUGGUGGAGAGCAUCCGGCGGUUCCCUCCUCAGGAGGAGCUGAAGGCAAUGAUAGAAGACGCAGGUUUUUUCAAAGUGGAUUAUGAGAAUUUAAACUUUGGCAUUGUUGCCAUUCACUCAGGUUUCAAACUGUGAGUCUACUAUGUAGCAAAACACAGGAGGUGUAAUUUUCAUGAAGAAUGUGAAAGCUGUGGAAUUUUAACAGUAUGAGGAUUGAAGAAGAGUGUUAAGAACUUGUGCAGCAGAUACUUGCUCAGGAGCCAGACCCAGAACACCAGCUACCUUUUUUCCUUCAAGAAAAAUGUGGAAGGAGCGAUUCCUGUGGCAUUUCUUACACUUGCAUUUCCCUUCAAGUGCAAUGUAAAGGACACGGCCAAAACUGAGCAGUGCCAACAAGUGAAGCAACAUCAGUUGCCAGUGGGAUUUGGACACAGAAAUAGGCUGACUAGUCUUCCAAUAAGAUGCCUUUUGUACUAAGCUUCAAGGAGGAUAUACCCAUGAGAACUUGGAUUUAUGAAGUAACUAUGGAUUUUUAUGAAGCUGUUAUUAUCUCUGUCAUGUGGAGUUUAAGGAUGUUUUCCCAUGACUCCUUUACUUCUUUCAAAGGCAAAUGAAAGGCUUGUGAAAUAAAAGGGCUCUGCAUCAACUCUU